UGGAUCAUAGAGUUUUACGAUUCGUCACCUUACCAGUUGGGCAGCUCGACGCAACCUAUGUGUGACCCACCGCGAACACCAACGCCGCCAACACCACGACCACCAUCGCUAUAGCCAAGUAUGGACCACCACCACCACAGAAACCAUCGCCACAGCCAAGCACGUCCUCGCCACAACCGCGCAUGUAAUUACCAGCCGCAACCGUCAUCGUCGCCAUUCAAUUGGACUGAACAAUGCGAAGACGCGUUCAAAAAUCUAAAAAUAACCAUCACAACCACUACCACCACAAAGAUGGACAAUAAGAAGAUCGAGCGGCAAUAUAUUGAAGUGGCCAUGAGUAAGCCGAGCGCCGUCGGAGCCAGCCCAGCGCAACAUCGUCCACCAGCUACUCCGCACCGCAGCGCCACGGCCCCUUCGCAGCACCGCGGUCCCUCCGCAACGCCACAGGUUCGCACCGCAGCACCACGACGCACUUGGUGGCACCGCGUGCCACACCCGCCCCAGCCCAGCGCACAAACAGCGGAACAGGGUAAAAUAUAAAAUCCAUUACAUAUUCACACUAAUCGCUAUUAUGU